AUGCCAUUUGCGCUGGCUCCGGGAUUAGGUGCAGCCGUGUUAAGUGAGGAGUGUGGAGCCAUUGAGGACACGGCGGAUGAGGAGGAGCUGAGCAGCUGCAGCCCAGAGCUCGCCUUAACCCUGUGGACCUCACCGAGCGAGCAGCAUGCGGCACCUUCAGGCCCACCCAGUCUCUUCUGGCUCACUGUCCAGCACCCCCAGGAGGCCCUGACGCCCUGGGGCACUUCUGCUCUGUGCAGGACCACGAGGGAGUUUGCCAUGGUGACAUAAAGGGGCGCAGAGGAAGGAAGGAGUGCGACCAGCCUGCGGACUGCGCCCCUGGCUGGGAGGAAGGGCCGGGGGCCCUUCCACGCCCGCUGCCCCCUGAGGGCCUUGCUUCCUAAGUCUCUGUGAAUUUGUUGGUCGCCAGACGACUCCUGUGUCUCCUGUGCGGGGCGUCGGGGUGGCCAGGGCAGGCCAGGCCUCCGGUGGCCACGGGCUCGGAGGCCAGGAUGCCUGCCCUGGCGUGCCUCCGCAGACUGUGCCGGCACGUGUCCCCGCAGGCUGUCCUGUUCCUGCUCUUCAUCUUCUGCCUGUUCAGCGUUUUUGUCUCGGCCUACUACCUGUAUGGCUGGAAGCGGGGCCUGGAGCCCUCGGCAGAUGCCCCGGAGCCCGACUGUGGGGACCCGCCCCCUGUGGCCCCCAGUCGCCUGCUGCCACUCAAGCCCGUGCAGGCCGCCGCUCCUUCCCGCACGGACCCACUGGUGCUGGUGUUCGUGGAGAGCCUCUACUCGCAGCUGGGCCAGGAGGUCGUGGCCAUCCUGGAGUCCAGCCGCUUCAAGUACCGCACAGAGAUUGCUCCGGGCAAGGGCGACAUGCCCACGCUCACCGACAAGGGCCGUGGCCGGUUCGCCCUCAUCAUCUAUGAGAACAUCCUCAAGUACGUCAACCUGGACGCCUGGAACCGGGAGCUGCUGGACAAGUACUGCGUGGCCUACGGUGUGGGCAUCAUUGGCUUCUUCAAGGCCAAUGAGAACAGCCUGCUGAGUGCACAGCUCAAGGGUUUCCCCCUGUUCCUGCACUCGAACCUGGGUCUGAAGGACUGCAGCAUCAACCCCAAGUCCCCGCUGCUCUAUGUGACACGGCCCAGCGAGGUGGAAAAGGGCGUGCUGCCCGGCGAGGACUGGACCGUGUUCCAGUCGAACCACUCCACCUACGAGCCGGUGCUGCUGGCCAAGACGCGCUCGUCGGAGACCAUCCCGCACCUGGGGGCCGACGCCGGCCUGCACGCUGCGCUUCACGCCACCGUGGUGCAGGACCUGGGCCUCCACGACGGCAUCCAGCGCGUGCUGUUCGGCAACAACCUCAACUUCUGGCUGCACAAGCUCGUUUUCGUUGACGCCGUGGCCUUCCUCACGGGUAAGCGCCUCUCGCUGCCUUUGGACCGCUAUAUCCUGGUGGACAUCGAUGACAUCUUCGUGGGCAAGGAGGGCACACGCAUGAAGGUGGAGGACGUGAAGGCCCUGUUUGAUACACAGAACGAACUGCGCACACACAUCCCAAACUUCACCUUCAACCUGGGCUACUCAGGGAAGUUCUUCCACACAGGUACGGAUGCUGAGGACGCAGGGGACGACCUGCUGCUGUCGUACGUGAAGGAGUUCUGGUGGUUCCCCCACAUGUGGAGCCACAUGCAGCCCCAUCUGUUCCACAAUCAGUCGGUGCUGGCCGAGCAGAUGGCCCUGAACAAGAAGUUCGCUGUCGAGCACGGCAUCCCCACGGACAUGGGGUAUGCGGUGGCACCCCACCACUCGGGCGUGUACCCCGUGCACGUGCAGCUGUAUGAGGCCUGGAAGCAGGUGUGGAGCAUCCGUGUGACCAGCACUGAGGAGUACCCCCACCUGAAGCCGGCCCGCUACCGCCGCGGCUUCAUCCACAAUGGCAUCAUGGUCCUCCCGCGGCAGACCUGUGGUCUCUUCACACACACCAUCUUCUACAACGAGUACCCCGGCGGCUCCAGCGAGCUGGACAAGAUCAUCAAUGGAGGCGAGCUCUUCCUCACUGUGCUCCUCAAUCCUAUCAGCAUCUUCAUGACGCACCUGUCCAACUACGGGAACGACCGCCUGGGCCUGUACACCUUCAAGCACCUGGUGCGCUUCCUGCACUCCUGGACGAACUUGCGGCUGCAGACGCUGCCCCCUGUGCAGCUGGCCCAGAAGUACUUCCAGAUCUUCUCUGAGGAGAAGGACCCACUUUGGCAGGACCCCUGCGAGGACAAACGUCACAAAGACAUCUGGUCCAAGGAAAAGACGUGCGACCGCUUUCCAAAGCUCCUCAUCAUCGGCCCCCAGAAAACAGGUACCACGGCCCUCUACCUGUUCCUGGGCAUGCACCCGGACCUAAGCAGCAACUACCCCAGCUCGGAAACCUUUGAGGAGAUCCAGUUUUUUAAUGGCCACAACUAUCACAAAGGCAUUGACUGGUACAUGGAGUUCUUCCCCAUCCCCUCCAACACCACCUCUGACUUCUACUUUGAGAAAAGCGCCAACUACUUUGAUUCAGAAGUGGCGCCUCGACGGGCAGCCGCCCUGUUGCCCAAGGCCAAGAUCCUGACCAUCCUGAUCAACCCAGCAGACCGGGCCUACUCCUGGUACCAGCACCAGCGAGCCCAUGACGACCCUGUGGCCCUCAAGUACACCUUCCACGAGGUGAUCACGGCUGGCCCCGAUGCGCCCUCAAAGCUGCGCACUCUCCAGAAUCGCUGUCUGGUCCCUGGCUGGUACGCCACCCACAUCGAGCGCUGGCUCAGCGCCUUCCACGCCAACCAGAUUCUGGUCUUGGAUGGCAAACUGCUGCGGACGGAACCCGCCAAGGUGAUGGACACCGUGCAGAAGUUCCUGGGGGUGGCCAGCACUGUGGACUACCACAAGACCUUGGCGUUUGACCCAAAGAAAGGAUUUUGGUGCCAGCUGCUUGAAGGAGGAAAAACCAAGUGUCUUGGCAAGAGCAAGGGCCGGAAGUACCCCGAGAUGGACUUGGAUUCCCGCACUUUCCUGAAGGACUAUUACCGGGACCACAACAUCGAGCUUUCCAAGCUGCUGUACAAGAUGGGCCAGACGCUGCCCACCUGGCUGCGGGAGGACCUCCAGAACACCAGGUAGCCUGGCGGCCACCACCAGACCCAACGUUUGCGCCGGCAGGGACACCCCGCCCCACGCAGAGCCAGACUGACCUGCGAAGUACAGAGCUGGGCCCACCGGCUGCACUUAGGAGCAAUACUCUGUGAGGCCCACGUGGGCCAAGGAGAAGAGCCUGGGCGGGCCAAGGAGAAGAGCCUGGGCAGGCCAAGCGCCUUGGAGCACCCACUGCCGAGGCUGGGGCCAGCAGGACCCCCAACACCCGAGGUCCAUGCAGCCUCUCCUGGGAGGCCACUUCCUGGUAGGAGGGAGUCCCUGGGACUCUUUUCUGUCCCUCACUGUGUUCUCCCAACCAUACCCUGUCCUUCCUGCCCAGCUCCCUGCUCCCGCAGGGCCCCUCAGUAUUAGCUGCCAUAUGUUCCCUGUCCUCCAGACAUAAGGGAGAAGAGCCCAACUGGGCCUUUGCCAAACCAGGGAAGGAGAUCGGACAUUUCCCUGACCGUUUCGAGCCAGGCCCUUCACAGGGGCCAGCCGGGUACCCAGAGUCAGCCACUGGCUGGAGGUGAGGGUGGCCCUCACGAGAACUCGGAACCUCCAUGUUCUGACGGAUAUCUUCCCAUCUCACUUCCCUUUAGGGGGAGAAGCUCUGGUUCCUACAGUUUCCACCCAGUCCUCAGGCCGCCUCCAGGGCCCCGAGGCACUCCCAUGCCCUGGGCCUGAGACCAGGCCUCAGCUGCCCCCUUCACCCUGGGAUAGACGUGUGUGGUAUUUCCUGUGGUAAAAGAUGGAGGCGGUUGGGGGGUCUGCCUGGAUACACGUACAUGUACAUACGCCGUCCCCGCACCCAUAGCCCAGCCCUGGCAGACACGGGCAGAGGGCAGACCGCCGCCCACCACUUUGCCCCCUACCUGUGGCCAGGGGUUCCCAGAGACCCCUUAACCUCCCCGAUACUAAGAAGCUAAAGUAUUUUAAUAUUUUUUUUCUUGGUGCCAGCGUUUAUACCCUGGGUGCUGGGGUCGCACUGUGUUUUAUAUAUAUAUAUAUAUAUAACAUGUAUAUAUAUAUAUUAUAUUUUUUUUGGUUGGGUUUGUUUUUAAUUCAGUCAUACAAAAUGGUGGUCAGCUCCA